AAUAUACUCUAUGACUGACACUGACAGUUUCGUUUCAGUCAUACCUACGCUAGGUUAUGUUUUGAAGAUAAUCUAAUUUUGCGAUUUUCCUUUCGAGUUCCUGAGGUUAGACAAUACAACACAGCCAUGGCUAAUUCCGGGAAAGGAACUUUUCAACCUGAUUCAGAUGUUCACAUUUCGUUCGAAGAUCAGCAAAAAAUUAAUCGUUUUGCAAGAUUGAAUGCCAAGGUAGACGAUUAUAAAGAUGAAUUAAAAGUUAAACAAAAUGAUAUGAAGAAUCUUGAAGAAGCAGUUGAGGAGCUAGCCCUGGCUGAUGACAGUGAAACUAUUCCAUACCUUAUUGGGGAAGUUUUCAUUUGUCAGAAUGUAGAAGACACAUUAAAAUCUCUAGAAGAAGCUAAAUCAAAAAAGGAAGGAGAAAUAAGUGAUUUGGAACAAAAGUGUGAAGAGUUAAAAGAACAGAUGGCAGAACUAAAAGCCCACUUGUAUGGAAAAUUCGGUAGUCACAUUAACUUAGAAAAUGAGGAGGAAUAACACCAACUUGCUUGGAUAUCAUUUAUUUUACUAAUAUUUUUAAAUAACAUAAAAAUAUGCAAAAUACUUGCAGAUAUAUUAUCAGCUUGCUAAUAUACAAUUACAGAAUAAUACAAAUGCAAAUAUGCACUUUACUUUUUGUCACUAAAAAUGUUGUAUGAACAUCUUAAACAUAGUCACAUAAAUAAUUAAAAAUAAAAUAAAUUAAAACUA